CGCAGGUAUCCCACCACCGGCACCUGCGCAGCUUCCGACACCGUCUGCGUGUUGUCUCUGCGCAUAGUAGCUCUCUAGCAGGCUCUACAACACCCACACUCUGCCCCCAUGCUCGGAGAUGACGAGGAUGUCUUUGACAGCGUAACUUGGGAGACCCCUGCCGCGCCUUCGCAUGACGCCGGCAUCUCCGCUACUAGAGGCUACCGGCAGAAUACCUCUGAGAGCGACGAGGACAGAGGGCCUCACGACCCGAAGUGGGAGGGUUAUCUUAUUACAAGCGUGAAAGACCCAGUCAAGGAGCUCGCCGAAACCAAAGACGCAUAUGUCUCGUAUCUAGUCACUGCUAAGACCAACUUGCCUAUUUACUCUGCCCCGGCUCCUUCCUCGCGAAGACGUUUCCAAGACUUUGUCUUCCUACGGGACCAUCUGGCACGAGACUUUCCAGCAUGUGUCGUCCCCCCUCUGCCUGACAAGCACAGACUUGAGUAUGUCACGGGUGAUAGGUUUAGUCCAGAGUUUAUGGAACGACGCCGCUUAGACCUCCACCGCUUUCUGCAGCGUCUCUCAAGGCAUCCAACUCUUCAGCGAAGUACCCUGCUUCGUGCCUUCUUCGAGUCGACAGAAUGGCAUGUGAUCAUGCAUCAACAUGUUGCACACCCGCCAGGUCCUGAGGCUUCAGGCGUCAUUGAUACCAUCUCCGAUACCCUCCUGAACGCGUUUUCUCGAGUGCGCAAGCCUGACGAACGUUUCCUUUCGAUGCGUGAGUCGGUCGACAAGUUCGAGGAAGGCUUGUCGCAGUCGGAGCGUCUUUGGACCCGCGUGCGGAACCGAACUAAUGAUCUCACGGGCGAUUAUCACGACCUUGCCGUCGCUGUGCAGGGUCUGGGAUUCCUGGAAUCAGGAAUCACGGACCCGCUCAACCACUUCUCGAAUACGCUGUUGGAGUUCUCGGCUCUCCUGCGGCACACCACACACACGACGACGGACCCUCUCCUGGUGCACUUGCACUCUCUAUUAACCUAUUCGCACGCGAAUCGUGCGGUCCUCAAGCUUCGCGACCAGAAACAGAUGGAUUUCGAGGAGCUGUCCGAUUAUUUGUCUGGCGUAACCACUGAGCGGGACCGUCUCGCCGCCGUAAUCAACGGUCAUGCAGGCAGCACUGGUCUAGGGAUUGGGGCAUACCUCAAGGACCGGGUAGACGCUCUGCGCGGAGCUGAUGACGAUAGGAGCCGCGUCGAGAAGAUGCGGAAGCUCGACGGUAGGAUCAAGGAGCUGCAAGAUGCUGUCACGACGGCACACGAGACGUCGGAUGCCUUUAGUGACGAGGUCCUCCGGGAACAGACCGUCUUCCAACACGCUAAGGAGACGGAAAUGAAGGAGAUGCUUGGUAACCUCGCAGAUGGUCAGAUUGAAUUCUACAAGGCGUCGAUGGAGGAGUGGGAGCGUAUUAUACCUAUUAUUCAACGCAUACGAGUGGACGUCCAAUAAUGUCUUGGAAGAAUAUUAGCAGGUUGCGGCUGGCUGAAAGUGUACUUCAUAAUUGGACAUUGCAAUGAUGUUGUUAUCG